AUGUCCUCGUUCUCAUGCAGCACGGACAAAGCCCUGAAUGCAAUCAUUAUUGUGGCCCUUUUCAUCAUCAUGGUAUCUCUGGGGUGUACCAUGGAGAUAGCCAGGAUCACAGCUCACCUCAGGAAACCCAAAGGAGUGGCAAUUGGGGUAAUGGCCCAGCAUGGCAUCAUGCCCUUAACAGCAUUUGUGCUGGGCAAGCUCUUCCAGCUGGGUGCUACAGAAUCCCUGGCCAUCCUCAUCUGUGGCUGCUGCCCAGGGGGAAACCUCUCCAACAUCUUUAGUUUGGCACUGAGAGGGGACAUGAACCUCAGCAUUGUAAUGGCCACAUGUUCAAUGCUCCCGGCAAUUGAAUUAAUGCCUCUGCUUCUGUACCUUUACUCAGAAGGACUAUAUGAGGGUGAUUUGGAGGGCAAGAUACCUUACAAAGGGAUAAUCACAUCCCUGGUGCUGAUGCUAAUCCCCUGUGCCAUCAGCAUCAUCUUGAAUGAGAAGAAACCACAGUACACUGGCUUUAUCAUCAAGGCAGGGAUGGUUCUGCUGCUAGUGUCAUCUGCUGCAAUAAUUGUUCUUUCUGUGGCCAGUAUGGGAAGCGGUGUCAUGGUUGUCUUCUCACUCCUCCUGGGAUCUUCUGCCUUGAUGCCUUUUGUUGGAUUCCUGCUGGGCUAUGCUCUCUCUGCAGUCUUCAAGCUUAAUGGCUUAUGCAGGUGGACAGUGUGCAUGGAAACUGGCUUCCAGAACACUCAGCUUUGCUCUACUAUCCUCAAGGUUUCCUUUGCCCCAGAAAUCAUUGGCCCCCUGUAUUUCUUCCCACUACUGCUGUUCCAGCUUGGAGAGGGACUUCUGCUUAUCCUGGUCUUUAGGACCUGUGACACAAUAAAGAGAUCAAGUGGCAAGUACAGCUUUGCUCCUGUAUUUGGUACGCUUUCCAGUCCAAACUAUAUACAUUUAAAAUGUAACUACCAACGAGUCACUGCCUUUUAGAGGCAGAAUCCAGUCACCUUGUAAACUCAGGGUUACCUACUCAAUACAUCAAAUACAAAUCACAGUCAAAAAUUCAGAGGUAA